GGGGGCUUUGGAGCGCAGAGCGGUUUGGUCGUUCGUUGGGGUAGUAUCGUCCCUUAGCUCGCCAACUGCAGCUCUUCACUGGGCAACAGCGGCGGCGCGGUGGUCCGAAAAACGGCCUGAAACUCCGGCUUUGGGUGAGAGAAAAUGGCCCGAACCAAGCAGACUGCUCGUAAAUCCACUGGUGGGAAGGCCCCCCGCAAGCAGCUGGCCACCAAGGCUGCCAGGAAAAGCGCGCCCUCUACCGGCGGGGUGAAGAAGCCCCAUCGCUACAGGCCUGGCACUGUGGCUCUUCGAGAGAUUCGUCGUUAUCAGAAAUCCACUGAGCUUCUCAUCCGAAAGCUGCCUUUCCAGAGGUUGGUGAGAGAGAUUGCCCAGGAUUUUAAAACGGACCUGAGGUUUCAGAGUGCGGCCAUCGGUGCGCUUCAGGAGGCUAGUGAAGCGUACCUGGUGGGUUUGUUUGAAGAUACCAAUCUGUGUGCCAUCCACGCCAAGAGAGUCACCAUCAUGCCCAAAGACAUCCAAUUGGCUCGCCGGAUACGGGGAGAGAGAGCUUAAGUGAAGGCAGUUUUUAUGGCGUUUUGUAGUAAAUUCUGUAAAAUACUUUGGUUUAAUUUGUGACUUUUUUUGUAAGAAAUUGUUUAUAAUAUGUUGCAUUUGUACUUAAGUCAUUCCAUCUUUCACUCAGGAUGAAUGGGAAAGUGACUGUUCACAGAUCUCAGUGGUGCGCACUGGGCUCAGGAGUGACAAGUUGCUAAUAUGCAGAAGGGAUGGGUGAUACUUCUUGCUUCUCAUGAUGCAUGUUUCUGUAUGUUAAUGACUUGUUGGGUAGCUAUUAAGGUACUAGAAUUGAUAAAUGUGUACAGGGUCCUUUUGCAAUAAAACUGGUUAUGACUUGAUCCAAGUGUUUAACAAUUGGGGCUGUUAAGUCUGACCAUACAUCACUGUGAUAGAAUGUGGGCUUUUUCAAGGGUGAAGAUACAAGUCUUAACCACAGUGUAACUUACAGUUUCCUUAAGAAAAAAAAGUAAACCUGGCAGCUAUAGAAUACACGAUGUGCAUUUAUAAUAGCUAUUUUAUAUAUUGUAGUGUCAACAUUUUUAAAUUAAAUGUUUUACAUCCACAAGUGGUGGGGAGUCUUGUCAUUAAGGUGUGUAUAAUUUAGAGUCCAGUUGGUUUUCUCCUAACUAGACUGCACUUGUUUUCAUAGUUUAAUGCUGUAUGCAUAUUAAUACCUUGCAUAAGUCCUCAUUCUACCACAUGUUAGUUAACUAACCCUCUAGCUGGUAAUGCAAACACUAACGGAGAUUUUAUUUAUAAGGGCUCUAGAAUAAAAGUUAUUCGCACCAGCAUCAUCUGUUACUAAUCUAAGCUAGUUAGUGCAGCUUUUCAUUGUGUUGUGGUUGAUUUCAAAGCUAGGCUUGAGGAUUUUUUUUUCUCCUUUAGAGGAAAUAAUACCAAGGUUUGUUCUUUUCCUUGUGGAGUUUAGUGUAAACCUGAAUGGGGGAGGAGCGUUGCAGAUGCAGCUGAUUAGCCCGGUGCUGAUUCGAGGUGGUGUUUGGUUAGGUUACUUCUGGUGACUGUCCUAGGAAAAUCCCUUUUCUAGAGAUGGCCUUUCAAGUUCAUCCUUCUAUUGAAGUUUUUAGGUCAAUUAUGUAUGUUGACUAAAUUUACAAAUAAACUUGUUUAUCCAA